AACCUAAGGUCCUCCCGAACAGCUCUCUGUUUGUUUAUGCAGAUUUCAUCAAUCUCUCUCUCAAUAUCUGUCUCUCUCUCUCUCUAUAUAUUUUACGCUUAGAGGCUUAUCAAAUACGCAUACAAACGCAUUCGUUUAUGCUUGUGGACAACAACGAUAAUCAUCUCUCAAUCACCUAUCACAAUUUUAUAUGUAUAGAUUUAUGUAUACGACAACCUAGGGUUAGGGUUUUGAAUUUGUUACAUGGAAGACGAGGAGGUAGCUAAGAACGUAAACGAACCUUCUUUGACUCCAGAAGUCGAAUUCUCAACUAUGGAAGACAAGCCAUUAGAUUUCACUAACACCGAACAAUGCCAGUUUGUUCCCGAGUCUCUUCCUGAGUUAGGUGAUUACCAACUGCUUGCUGCCAAAUCGCCGGUUGAACCAGUGGCGGAUGAAGCGGUGUCGACGGUGGCCGCGGAGGCGGAGUUGGAUGAUUCGGCGAUGGUUGGCGCAGAGUCGCCUAUUGCGGCCGAAGAUGUUGAUGAUGUGGUAGAUGAGGUUGAAGGUGACAUAGAAAAGUCUGUAUCCGAGUCGGUUGAUUCGCAACUUGUUGGCGAUGAGUCGGAAAAUGCGGCCAAAGAAGGUGGAGUUGAAGGUGACCUAGACAAGUCUGUGUCCGAGUUGGUUGAUUCGCAAUUUGUUGGCGAUGAGUUGGAAAAUGCGGCCAAAGACGGUGGAGUUGAAGGUGACGUAGACAAGUCUGUGUCCGAGUUGGUUGAUUCGCAACUUGUUGGCGAUGAGUCGGAAAAUGCGGCAAAAGACGUUGAGGCGGAGGGGGAGGCUGAUGCUGAGGCUGAGGCUGAGGCUGAGGCUGAGCAGUUGGAAAUCGGCUUGGGAAAGUCUAUACCUGACUUGGACGAUUCGCAACUUGAAUGGGCUAAUUCACCUGUUCCUGGGUUGAAUGAAUCGCGGCUUGUAGGUGUCGAGUCACCGAUUGUGGAUGAAGUGGUGGUGGUGGAGGAGGAUGAGGAGGAAAUUCCAAAGGUGGGAACUGAAAAUGAGGUUGAGGUACAGUGUCCUGAAUUAGAAGAAGAUUCGCAGGUGGUUGGUGCAGAGUCGUCCAUUGCUGCCAAAGAAGAUUCAGACGAGGAAGCCAUGGCAGAAGGGGAGACUAGGGUGGAAGAUACGGAAAUGGACACAGAUACUGAGAUGGGAAAUGAGGCUGGAUCGAGCUCUAUUCCGGAGAUGGACAAUUUGCAUAAUAUUGGUGCUGAGUCACCGAUUGUAGCCGGAGAUGAUGAGGAUGAUGACGAUGAUGAAGACGUGGCGGUGGAGGCCGGGGCCGAGGCAGGGGAGGAGGAGGAGGAGGACGAAACUCCAAUGGCGGACACUGAAAUGGAGAUAGAAAUGGAUGUUGCAGAAAUGGCAGAGACAGAGACAGAGAAAGGAGUUGGUGGUGCGGGGAAGCGGAAGAGAGGGAAGAAUUCUAAGGCUUCGACUAGAGCUCCUCCAGCUAGGAAGGUCAUUGAAGAAGAUGUUUGUUUCAUUUGCUUUGACGGUGGAGACCUUGUGCUAUGUGACCGCAGGGGAUGCCCAAAGGCGUAUCACCCUUCUUGUGUUAAUCGGGAUGAGGCAUUCUUUCGAGCUAAGGGUCGUUGGAAUUGUGGUUGGCAUCUUUGCAGCAUAUGUGAGAAGAAUGCACACUAUAUGUGUUUUACAUGUACAUUUUCCUUGUGCAAGGCAUGCAUUAAAGAUGCUGUUAUCUUAUGUGUUAGAGGCAACAAAGGCUUUUGUGAGACUUGCAUGAAAACUGUGUUGUUGAUUGAAAAUAAUGAGCAGGCUAAUAAGGAGGAUCGAGUAGAUUUUGAUGACAAGAGCAGCUGGGAGUAUCUUUUCAAGGAUUACUGGAUAGAUUUAAAACAAAAGCUCUCUCUAUCUUCAGUUGAACUUGCCCAGGCUAAAAAUCCAUGGAAAGGAUCUGAUUUAUUGUCUGGCAAACAUGAAUCACCUGAGGAAGUGUUUGAUGCUAACAAUGAUCAAGGUUCUGGCUCAGACAGUUCUGAGAACCUAGAGGUAGUCAGGCGUAAAAGAAGACAGUCCAAGAAAAGGUCAAAACCACUCACCAAGGAAGAUGAUUUACCAAGUUCAACAGCAGCAAUUGGUGCUGAAGAGACUGCUAUACCUGGCAACACUGAAUGGGCAUCACAAGAUCUUCUUGAGUUUGUUAUGCACAUGAAAGAUGGUGACAGAUCUGUUUUAUCUCAGUAUGAUGUACAGGCCUUGUUGCUUGAAUACAUAAAAAGAAACAAACUUCGUGAUCCUCGUAGGAAAAGUCAAAUUGUUUGUGAUGCAAGGCUUACAAAUAUCUUUGGAAAAACUCGCGUGGCGCAUUUUGAAAUGUUAAAACUUAUUGAGUCUCAUUUUCUUAUAAAAGAGGAUUCUCAAAUAGAUGAUAUCCAAGGGACUGUUGUGGAUACUGAAGUUAACCGGUUGGAGGCUGAUGGGGCCAUUGAUGCCCCAACAAAAGGGAGUAAAGAUAGGAAGCGUAAAAUGCGUAAGAAAGGUGAUGGAAGAGGACCACAAUCCAAUCUUGAUGAUUAUGCAGCCAUUGAUAUGCACAACAUUAAUUUAAUUUACUUACGACGAAAGUUGGUGGAGGAUUUACUUGAAGAUAUGGAGAGGUUCCCUGACAAGGUUGAUGGUACUUUUGUGAGAAUAAGGAUUUCUGGUAGCAAUCAAAAGCAAGACAUAUAUAGGCUAGUCCAAGUUGUAGGGACGAGGAAAGCAGCUGAGCCAUAUAAAGUUGGUAAAAAGACAACGGAUCUUGUGCUAGAAAUAUUAAAUUUAAACAAAACAGAGGUUGUAUCAAUUGAUACAAUUUCGAAUCAGGAGUUUACCGAGGACGAAUGCAAGCGGUUACGGCAGAGUAUAAAAUGUGGACUUAUCAACAGGCUUACUGUGGGUGGCAUUUUGGACAAGGCCAUGGAAGUCCAGGCAGCUAGGGUCAAUGAUUGGCUGGAAUCAGAAGUUGUGAGGCUUAGUCAUCUCCGUGAUCGAGCUAGUGAGAAAGGGCGUAGGAAGGAGCUUAGGGAAUGUGUAGAGAAACUGCAGCUUCUGAAACGCACGCCUGAGGAGCGUCGAUUGAGACUAGAGGAAAUUCCAGAAAUACAUGCAGACCCAAAUAUGGAUCCAAGUUAUGAGUCUGAAGAGGAUGAUAUUGAAAUGGAGGAUAACAAAAAAGAAAUUUACCCUACGCCAAGAGGUUCUGGCUUUAGCAGGAAAGGAAUGGAGCCAAUCUCGCCCCGUGGAGGGAGUUUCUCUUCAACAGAUUCUUGGAGUGGUACAAGGAAAAAUUCUGGCAAGAAUUGGGAACUAAAUAGAAACAACUCUAGUAAAAAUUUCUCAAAUAAAGGUGAAGAGUCUGCUCUUGUGGGCGACAUAUCGAAUAAAAAUGCAUGGAAUCAAGGAAGAGACAGAGACGUACAAGCUAACAUGGAGAAGUUGAAUGCAGCUUCAAAUUCUGAAACUGUUGGACGGAAUAGCCAUCCUUUUGUAAGGUCAGAAUCAUUCUCGGGUCCUGCAUCAGAUGCUUCACAGGCUUCUCUCCCUGGUGGACUAGCUGAAACUGCUACUAAAGUCAAUGAAACAGAGAAAAUGUGGCGUUAUCAGGAUCCAGCUGGAAAAGUUCAAGGACCUUUUUCUAUCGUUCAGCUGCGUAAAUGGAAUAACACUGGAUACUUUCCCGCCGAUCUCAAAAUUUGGAGAACCACUGAGAAGCAAGAGGAUUCUAUACUUUUGGCAGAUGCGCUAGCUGGGAGGUUUGAGAAAGAGUUGCCACUGAUGGAUAAUAAUUCUAUGAAGGCUCCAACUGUACUCUCUUCAACACAUGCUGCAAAGCCUUAUGGAGCGUCUUUACAAAAAGGAAAGGAAGGUGAAGGUGGGGAGAGAUUGAACUUUGAUCAUAGUCAUGGUGUACGGAAUCAACUGGAGUUAAGUUCUUCAAGUGGAUGGAGCACUCCUUCAGUUGAGGUCCCUAAAGCCGAUAGAUGGGGUUCUGACAAUAGUAGAAAUGAUCCAUUGAACCUGCCAUCUCCUACUCCAAAAUCGAGUACUCCAGUAUGGACUGAAGGACCAACACAUUCAGCUGCUGUGGCUACUUCAGAUAGUGGUCAAUUGACUCCUUCGUCUCUCUCAUCUUCAAUUAACCAAACUGGAAGCAAAGAACAUACUGCACUAGAAUCUUUAGCUGUUUCGACACCUGUUUCAGUAAUGAAUUCUGGCACGCAGUUGAUGGGUUUUGAAAAUGAUCCUUCUAGUUCUCUCACUGGUUCAAUUCCAGCACCUAAUUCCGAACAGGGUAUUCUUGUAGGCCCUACAACUGCUUUGCCCGCUUCUCAAACAAUUGUGAUGGGUCCUGUUGAAACUCAUGGAUGGGGAUCGGGUUCAGCUCAAAACCAAGAAAUGGUUCCACCUAGUCAACCAGCUGUGAGUGAUUCUCAAACCUGGGUACCAAACCCAUCAUUUCCUGUGCCUGUACAACCAGCAGCUUAUGGUCAUUGGGGUGGUAUUCCAUCUACUGUUCCAAAUCCCUCCGGAAACUUCCAGACUCCAGGAUUCAAUGCUUUGCCCCAACCUGAGCCUUGGAGGCCUCCAGUUGCCAGUAAUCAACCUAACAUCCAGCCUGUAGCUCCACCCAGUGUACCUUGGGGCAUGGGUGUUGCCGAAAGUAAUGCAAAUGCUGUUUGGGUUCCGAUGCAAGGAAAUCCAAACAUGGGUUGGGCAGGGCCACUGCCACCACCACCACCACCACAACAACCUGUAGCUACAAAUAUGAAUUGGGUACCUGCUGUUCAAGGGCCUGUUCCUGGGACUGUCAAUCCGGGCUGGGUUGCAUCGCCUGGAAAUCCAGGAGCUAUGGUUCAAGGUCUACCGCCAGGUAAUCCUAAUCCAGGUUGGGCUGCACAGCCCAGUAAUGUUAAUCCGGGUUGGGCUGCACAAGCAGGUAAUCCAGGAUCUGGGAAUGGAAAUGCUGGGUGGGUUCCAUCAACUGGGAAUCCGGGAAAUGUUCAAGGGCCAGCACUCGGAAAUGUAAAUCCAGUUUGGGCCGGACCAACCGGAAAUCCAGGAACUACUGUUCAAGGGCCAGCGCCACCUGGAAAUGCAAACCUGGGCUGGGGUGCACCGCCUGGAAAUUCGGGCAUGAGGGGAAAUGAGAAACAACACAAUGGGGAUAGAUUUUCAGGCCAAAGGAACAGGAGUUUUCAGGGUAGAGAUUCUGGUUUCGGUGGCGGUGGUGGCGGUAGGCGGUGGAACAGACAGCAGUCAUUUGGUAGUGGCGGUGGACAUAGUGGCAGUGGACAGGGCAGCGGUGGACAUAGUGGUGGUGGACAGGGCAGUGGACAGUUGGUGUGCGGAUACUAUCAGAGUGGGCACUGUAAGAAGGGAGCUUCUUGUGAUCGUAUGCACACUUGAACUGUGGAGUCUCAUGGUGGCCGGGCAGGGAGAAGAUGGUUUUGUACAGUAGUUUUGUUAUUAGGCAGUUUUGACUUUUUGCUAUAGGCUAUGCUUUAUUAUGGUAAAAACUUGUGCAGUUCAACAGCACAGUUAUUUUACGUUUUUUUUUUGGCAAAUGUUAAUCUGGCAAAUUAUUUCAUUUUCUUGCAUUCUUAUGUGGGAUCGGCUGGAUGGAGAUAGGGGUUGAAAUGAGCUGAGCUGAUCUUCGUAUUGCUUGAGCUCAGCUGGUUUGUGUGUCAAGCUGGAAAAUUUAGCUUGAGCUUGUUUUGAAAAUUAAUUUAGCUUGAUCUUGGCUCA